GAAAGAACCUACUCUAUGCAUUUCACACAAUUUAGUUCUGGCUCUUCCUAGUUAGCUUUACGAUACCGCAGUCACAUUGCCAUUAUGCAAUCGCAUGUGAACGCUUUUUCGUUCUCUGCAUCGGGCCUUAACACCUACGGUUUCCUGAACCAGGAGACGGACGAUCCAAAGCCCAAGAGGGCUCUUUCGGCAUACAACAUCUUUUUCAAGCAUGAGCGUGAAGAAAUCUUGAAGGCCACGCCUACUCGGGCCGAGGGGAAACCUCGGAGGUCCCAUGGAAAGAUCGGAUUUGCUGACCUUGCGAGAACGAUCGCUGGUCGCUGGAAGACGGUAGAUGUGGAAUCAAAGGCCAAAUUUAUCAGACUGGCCUCGCAGGACAAAGAACGCCACGCCAAGGAAAUGAAAGAGUGGAAAGAGAAACGACAAAAAAUCCUUAUUCCUCCCGCAACUUCUCUCGCCUCUAAUGCGACCGAUUGCUUUUUUCCGAGAAACUCCUUUUCCAAGAUGGAUCUGCACCGUCAGGAGCAGAUUUCAAUCAGAAAUCUGCUCUGUAACAUUCCAAGGAAAGGUGAGAACAUGACAACGACAGCGAUGUCGUCCCAUCAACUCCAACGGGCCAUCCCUCAAAGUUUGCAGUCAGGAGCGUUUCGCACUGGUCGGAGUCGGAAUGUACAAAUCCUUUAUUCAGAAGAAGCAGAUGACAUCGAACCAUUACCCAUUGAUUCACACGUGUUCAAAAGCGAAUUUGAAAGUCAUGAACAGAGCUACAGCACUCAAGAUAGCAAUUCUUACUGGUCACUUGAGCAAGAUGAUCAGCAAUAUUCGAGCUAUGAGGACGAAGACUUGUGGAUUCGUACAAACCCCACUCACUCUAUUCAAAGUGCGACAGCCUACAUGCCUCAUCAGAUUUCUCGGUGGAAUGAACAGUUCCCUUUAGAACAAAAUGGUUUGCGUCAUGAAAAUACGUACUGGAUAGGGGCGUACAUAUUAGAAAGCGCUCGAUUUCGUUUGUCAAGCAUGAAAUAUUGCCCCGUCACGUAUUUUCGUUUCAUCAGCGUAAAACAUUAUAGGAAGUCUACCAUGAGCUCCCCUCCAAACAGCAAGCAUCUGCAAACGGCUCACUACCAAGGUAUCGUCCGAGAAAAUGAAACAAUGAGCGAUGUUGCUCAAUGUAGAAAUGAAGCCCACAAGGAGCUUUCCAGGCUAAUUCGUCCAUCGUCUGCGUACAAUAUUUUCUUUCGCCAGGAACGCCUCCAUAUUCUGCAGCAAGCCCACUUGUCGUCCGAUGAGAAAACGCCAAAGAUAUCCCAGGAGAAAAUAGGUUUUGCCGAACUCUCCCGUACUAUAGCUGCACGGUGGAAGCAAGCGACGCCCGAGGUCAGGCAAAAAUUUGAUGAACUUGCGGAUGCGGAAAAAGAACGCAAUCAUGUGGUCGUGCUCGAAUGGGAACAACUCAAAAUGAACAAAAAGAAUCCUCAGGAAGUGUUCACAUCGGAAAAGCCUAGGCCCAAGCCAGACCAGCUGACAAAUGCCGAGGACAGCAAAUUUCUUGAGGACAUACGCAAAGCAAUUGCUCAAAAUACAAAGUUGUUGGUUGCUAUGAGGUCGGCCGUAUGCUGUAACACCAGGAUUCUGAAGUUUGCUGAAUGGCGAGGCUUCCGCACAAAGGGACAAAGAUUUCUUUCAACGAAUGAAAUACAUUGCAAAGGGGGAAAGCUACAGGCGUCCCGUGAAUUGUUGGGACCACCUCGAGCGAGUUCGCGUUAUGGAGUAUCACCGAACGUAUUUGACGAUGCAUACAGCUUUCCCCAACGCAAUCUAUCUAGUGCUCCGCUGAACCACCAACCCGUGACCUUCUCGUCUUUGCCAAGUGAGUGCUUGGGGCCCAACACCAUGACUUCGUACAACGAGCCGUAUCCGGGCAGCCACGCGGCAUGUUUUGAGCCUGUGUACCGGGAUUACGUCAACAACACUUGUUUUCCGCAGCGACCACUCUGCUUGCCAUCACGAAGCCAGCAGAAUACUCCUACAACAAAUCAUACCAAGCGGGGCUCUGACGCGUGA